AUGUUCGGAGUGUCACAGGCAACUUGGAAUAUUUGCCAGCUAGGAUCUAUUUUCUUCUUCAACUUUUUCUCUUUUUUCACACUUUGUAAGUCCCCCCAUUCCUCCGGCCGCCACUCGUUAUCGGGAGCGCGCCACCCGUCCGCAUCGGUAGCUCAUGUGGGAGAGCACAGGUGAAACUUCAGAUGUGUGCCGCCGGAGGAAUACUAACUCAUUUCACUCUUUUGCAAUGCAUUUUUUCAGCGGCAUUGUCACAGACCAUUAUUGAGAAUGUGUCGAAAACGAAUGGAAUAAAUGAGCACGCCGGGUAUUAUAGGUGAGAGCCGAAUGUGUCUUGUUGAAGGAGAUGCUCGUUUAGUGCAUUUCUAACGUAUCUCGUAUUCACAAUCGGUCAUUUUGUGGCCACUCCGAUUGUCGAAAUAAUCACUCCGAAAUGGGCAAUUGUUAUUGGAUUAAUGGGCUAUGCAAUGUUUGAAGCAGCGUUUCUAUGGAUGAACGAAUGGUUCCUCUACUUCUCGGCCGCCUGUGCAGGAUUCUCCGGUUCUUGUCAGUCAUCACACUUGUUCCAUCCCAAUAGUCCUUAAUUUUAAGUGCUGUGGACUGGACAGUUUGACUAUCUCGCUCAGAAUUGUCAGCCACACACUUUGGAUCGAAACACUUCCAAUCUGUGGGGUAUUUCGCAGAUAUCGUAAGCAACUUUGGCUCUUAAAAUCUUUAAAAAAAAUUGUCUUUCAGUCUCAUUUUCGGGGGCGGAUACCUGCUGCUAAUCUACCGUUUCCAAACUGGAAAUGACUUUGAAAUGCCGCUUGUGAGUGAGAGAUUUCUCUUCUUCAAAAACUCAAAUGAAAACUUCAGGUGCGUCUGGUCGUCGGCUCGUUUUUGGUUUGCAGUGUCAUCGCAACCGUCAUCGGAAUCCUCCUGCCGAAGCCAGUUUUUAAAGCGGAAAAGUACAACAUUCCAUACUUGAAACACCUCGGUUCGAGAAACUUCUAAUAUCCUUCAACUAAUUGGGAGUUUCAGUGGAAAUUGUGAAAAUAAGUUCCGACCGAAAUCUCAUGUUCCUCUUCUUCACAUUCUUAUACACCGGCAUGGAAUUGGCUUUUUUCUCGAUCGUCUACCCCACAAUGGUCUCUUUUACGAAAGUAUUGGGCAACACGAGGGAUCUAAACGCAAUCACAUCCAUUUUUGUGGGCCUCGGCAACGUUUCGGGUGAGUGAGAAAAGGGAAACGGCGGGCGAUUUCGCUAAACUCCGCCCACCUCGCAUACAAAACAUAGCGGGCGGCGGAACCCGCGAGGUGUCGGCUGCGCGUGGCAGUCAUACCGCGGCUGCUUGCUCUUGCAUCACCUUGUUACAAUCCAAUGAUGAGAGUUUGCGACUAGGGCGGUCUUACACAAUGAUGGUGAUUCUAGUCAUUCUGAUGGUACGUAACAAGAGAAAAAAUUUUUGGAAAGAGGUCUCUUUUGGGAAUUUGAAGUUUUAACGCUUGCAGGGUGCCUAGUGUUGGGUCUUCUCGGCGCAAGAGUUCGCGCAAUUGGGCGGAAGAAAAUGGUUCUUCUGGCGGCGAUUCUCCACAUGACAUGUUUCCUGUUGACGUUCUUGACGUUCCCCGAUGAGUCGCCACUCCGGCCGACAUACGAUUCUGGGUAUUAUCCUCCGAGGCAAGGGAAAUUGAGCCCGUCAGAAGUGGACUUUUCGCUUUUUCAGUGUCGUCAUCGUUCUCCUCUGCGGAUUUCUGUUGGGUGUCGGUGACACAUUUUACAAUCAACAGUGCUACACCAUCUUGAGCGACAUUUUCGAGCACGAUAGAAGAAUUGAGGCGUUCGCAGUGUACAGAUUCUUUCAGGUGGACAGAAAUGCGUUGAGUUAAUGGAACAGGAGACUUUUAGAGUGCUGCCAGUUGCGCAGUCAUGUUCUAUUCCGCCCACGCACUUCUGAAGACUCACAUCAUCGUUCUUUCGUUCUUCUGCGUAAUAGCGACUGCAACAUUUUUCGGAGUUCGGUAGGAACACGAUAAUAUCAGAAACUUUCGAGGGAACAUUUAUCAGAGAACCCGAAAAGCUGUCGACUGCGCCAAGUGACGUGACGGUCGAAGUGGUGAAAUUGAGUGAGCUAAAACCGAAAAAGUAUUUUAUAGUGCUGUUUUCAGGGGCGAUUUCUACGGAUUCUUGA